AUGACUGGAAUGUGGUGCUCCGAAGACAAAUCCAUGUUUCAUGCCAUGGCAAAAUUUCUCUCCACAUCCAACCCAGGAUGCGCUGUCGCAUUGGUCAACUACAGGCUGACCACGCCGGAGACACCUGAUAUCAACUUCCCGGAUCACAUCUUGGAUGUCUACAGUGCAUUGACGUUUUUGGCGCAAAAUAAGCAAAACGCGCCGUACGAUGCGGUCAAUAUGGUCUUGGCGGGCCACUCUGUCGGCGCCUGGAUGCUGCUCGCUGCAAUGAUGCAGUCAGAUCCUGCUUCAACAAAGCGUGCGCUCCAAAUUCCAGUUCUAGAUGCCCAUGUUCGCGCUUGUUUUCGCACUUUAAUCCUUGUCGAUGGCAUUUACGAUAUCGCGGAAUCACUGAAAGAAUACCCAGGUUAUGCAGACUACUACACAAAAGCGAUUCUGCAAAAGGGGCUGGAAGCUUCAGUAUUUAUGGGCCUUGGUUGCAAUGCGUGGAUAUGGGCGGAGCAAGCUAUGCGAACAAACGUGAUUUUGCUGCAUUCUCCAGAGGACGAGUUGCUGAGCUACGCGCAGCCGUGCAUUCUUCUUCAGCGCCUUGCACACCUGGGAGCGACAGAGCAGCACAGCGUCACAAUACCUGCACCUGUGCAGAUGCACAAUCCGCAAAACCAGAUAGCGUGUUGGUACGCCGGAAAACGUACAGGAAGUGACGCUGCGCUCGUCGCGCAAAUCUAUGGUCCGCAAGUACAUGGCGUGCCUGGACGAGUUCAGGUAGAUCUGACAAGCCUCUCGGGCACACAUGAUGGCGCGUUGCACACCGAGGUUUUUUGGACGGUACUGCAGCGCAUCGCUGCCCAAGAUUCAAUCCAUGAGGCGUUAUAG